AUGCAGUGGCAAAAGCUAAUCCGCAGGCGCCCCCUGGGGACAAACAAGACCAAGAGUGGCCUGGCCAGCUGCCUGACCACCUUGGAUCUGGUGGCCCUGGGUGUGGGCAGCACCCUGGGAGCAGGCGUCUAUGUCCUGGCUGGCGAAGUGGCCAGGGAGAUAGCUGGACCAGCAAUCGUCAUCGGCUUCUUGGUGGCAGCCCUAUGUACCAUGCUGGCCGGAUUCUGCUUUGCGGAGUUUGGGGCCCGGGUUCCCUGCUCUGGGUCUGCAUAUCUCUACAGCUACGUCACAGUGGGUGAACUUUGGGCUUUCGUCACUGGCUGGAACCUCAUACUCUCCCACAUCAUUGGUACCGCCAGCGUGGCCAGAGCCUGGAGCGCCACCUUUGAUGGUCUGAUUGGGAACCACAUCUCCCAGGCCCUGCAGGGCCGCCUGUCUCUGAAUGUGCCCCACUUCCUGGCCAAGUAUCCAGACUUCUUCGCCCUAAGCCUGGUGCUGCUGCUGACGGGAUUGCUGGCUCUGGGAGCUAGUGAGUCGGCCAUGGUUACCAAAGUGUUCACAGGCGUGAACCUGUUGAUUCUCAGCUUUAUCAUCCUUUCCGGCUUCAUUAAGGGAGAUCUACAUAACUGGAAGCUUGGAGAGCUGGACUACAACCAGAGCUUGACUGGACUCAACACCACCUCUAGCUUGGGUCCUCUGGGCUCUGGUGGAUUUGUGCCUUUUGGCUUUGACGGGAUUCUUCGUGGAACAGCUACGUGUUUCUUUGCAUUUGUUGGCUUUGAUUGCAUUGCCACGACAGGAGAAGAAGCCCGGAAUCCUCACCGGUCCAUCCCUGUGAGCAUUGUGCUCUCCAUCUUCAUCUGCUUUCUGAUGUAUUUUGGCGUCUCCUCAGCACUCACCCUCAUGAUGCCGUAUUACCAGAUCUACUCUGAGAGCCCUCUGCCGGACGCGUUUCUCCGUAUCGGAUGGGCCCCUGCCAGAUACGUGGUGGCCAUUGGCUCCCUCUGUGCCCUUUCAUCCAGCCUCCUGGGUGCCAUGUUCCCCUUAACGCGGGUCAUCUACUCAAUGGCGGAGGAUGGGCUCCUUUUCCGAGGCCUCGCCAGGAUCCAUGCCCGGACGCAGACCCCUGUAAUGGCCACCCUGGUCUCUGGAAUCAUUGCAGCACUCAUGGCAUUCCUUUUUGAGCUCAGUGAUCUUGUGGACCUCACAUCAAUUGGAACCCUGCUUUCGUACUCCAUGGUGGCUUUUUCUGUUCUUGUCCUCAGGUACCAGCCAGAUCACAAAGUAAGCAAGGGUGACCCAGUAGCGGCGGGGAUGUUUGAGAUGAGUUCGGUUCCAAAGCCUUUGGAAUCUGGAGCUGAAACGGAAAGGAGUCGGAGCUGCUCCACCAACAUUGUCUGCGUUCUGAAAUCUGGCCACAUCGUCUACAUCAGUGCCUCUGUGCUUGUCAUACUGCUGAUGGUCCUCUGCCUGAUACUGACCCAGUGGCUCGGACGCCUGCUGUCCGGGGACCCUGUCUAUACAACCGUGACUGUGCUGCUGCUGGUGGUCAUUACUGGGCUCACGGUCAUCAUUGGGAGACAACCCCAGGACCCUACAGCGCUUUACUUCAAGGUCCCUGCGUUGCCUGUCCUCCCCUUGGUGAGCAUCUUUACGAAUGUUUACUUGAUGAUGCAGUUGACCUCUGGGACCUGGGCACGAUUUGGGGUCUGGAUGAUGAUUGGGUUUGUUAUAUAUUUUGGAUAUGGGAUCCGACACAGCCUGGAGAAGAGUAGCCAACAGCCACCAACCUCAAGCUCCCAAACGAUUGGCGAAAAGAACCGGAAGGCUGAAUUGGUCUAA